UCUUUUUUCUUUCGAAUUCUUUUUUUUUUUCAAAUAUGGAAUUCAUUGAUUCGUCUUUUCUUUCCUCUUCAACAAAUUCAAAUACAACCAACGAAAUCAACAUGGAUUCUCAAUCUACUACGCGGACAGAUCACCCUGGCAUUGAUCUUUUACUUUCCCAAGGACUUCAAGCGACAAAGCGAUCAUCGUCUCAUAAAGAAUCAUCUAAAGAAGCAACACACUCUGAAAAAAGACUUUGUUCACGUAACCCACCGGUACCUGUAUUCAAGAUUGCUUCCACAAAUACAAACAAGAUUCCAUUGGUUCCAUUACCAGUAGCUGAUCCUUCAACAGAAGCAAUAUUUAAUACCUACUAUCAAACACCAUAUUCAUUGAAUACACAGAAUUUAUUAGUCGCACCAUCACCAGGAACAACGACAAUGACAACAGGCAAAUCGCAGCGUCCAUUUUCAACACCAGGCCGUUACACUACUUUACUACAAGUCGCCAACCAAUCUCAUUAUCAUGGUCAUUCUGAUAUUAUCUCUCCAGGAAGUUCGUUUUUUCAAGAUGACCAACUGGCUCUUGAUAUGCUGGGUCCAUCUGGUUUAGACACUACAAAAAGUGCAAAUACAUCCAAGGAACUCAAAAUUGACGGUUCCUCAUUCGAUCGAAAUCUUGAGCCAACAAAUAACAACAAUAGCAACUUGACUAGUCUUCAAUCGAAUCCAAUUUUCUUGUCUGGAAGAAUUCGACGACAGAAAUCAUCCGGGGAGACCUCGAAAGUGGAUCUAGGAGAUAAUGAUAAAGAAGUCAUGUAUUGUAUGGAAAAGCAGCAAAAACAUGAUGAUGGCAAUACUUCAAGCAAAAUCAACAAGGAUAACAACAUAGAACUACAACAGGCACUCAAAUCAAGUACUGAAACCAUGGAAAACGCAAAAAAUGAGAUCAAAGAAUUGGUCUCAUCAUUAAGGAAAUCUCAAGAAACGUAUCAAUCAGAUCUGACUGGUAUCCUUGGACGCUAUAGCUCAAAUGCAAAGCAAAUGGAAACGGAAAAACGGCUAAUUAAGAAGACAAUCAAACAUAUCACAAUACAAGAUAAACUUUAUCAGGAAGUAACUGAUAUGAACUCUGAAUUUAUAUCAACAAUUAGUUCUGAAGUGAAAUGGAUAUUGGAUAAUAUAUCAAUACAUGACAUAGGAGUCGAUGGAUCUAGUAUUCACCAACUUCUCCGACAUCAGAUCGACAACUUGAUCUCAUUACGAAAACAAGGCAAUAAUAUACAACACUAUAUUCAACAGAUUCAUCAGCAACAUCGUGAUUUUUCCAUGGAAAUUCGAGGAAUGACUCUACUUUGUCGACAACUUGUACAUCAACUGGCUUAUAUCUCAUCAAGAUUUUCAGAAUUGAGCUCAAUAACAUUGGAAAAUACGGUUCAAGUUGCUAUUGAAGAUCAAGAAUUGGAAUGCCUUGAAGAAAAGACUAAUAUCAAAUCAAAACUUAUCAAAGCACUUGAUGAUCUCUAUAAAAUGACUGAAAAUUAUGAAUCUUGUCUUUUACAAAUCGAAAAGAUGAAACAGGACCGGCGUCAAGAAAAUCAUUUGACAAAGAUGAUUCUCGAUAGUCAAGUAUCUGAAUUAGCGAAAGAAAUAGCCGUACAUCAAGUCACUAGCCAUAAGAUGGAAGAAGAUCUAAAUGAAAUCAAAGAAAGAUACAAGACCCUUGAGGCAAAAUAUAUGGCGACUGAAGAAAAACUCAAAGAAAAACAAGAUAAGGAACAACAGUUGGAAAAGAAGAUUGAACAAUUGGAAAAAACAAGUAAUGAACAACCAAAAGAAGUUUCAGAACGUCCUACUUGUCAUCCAUCAACAAAAGUAGCAGCAAGACUGACAACAAGAGGCAAAAAAAGGGCAUUACCUACAAAACGAAAAUUACGAAAUCAAUCAGUUCCUUUUGAAUCCGAAGAAGAAAAUGAACUUCAGAUGCAGAAAUAUGUUGCUGAAGCUGCUGUGUUACCCGACCGCCCAUCAAAUGAGGAAAAUACUACUUUGUGAAGAAUGAUAGAAAAAAAAAAAAAACUAGGAUGGACAAAUUAUUACCUUUUACGUGAACGUGGAUUCUAUUUCUCUAGUAGUUAGGCGCAGUAUGAAAUUAUACUGAAUAUGUAG